AUGUCGGCCCUGGCAGCGAUACCUCCGUCUAACCGUGCGGCUGACGAUGCGUCGGCAGUAGCUCGCCGUCACAGACGGCGACGAACCUCCGGGACAUGGUGUGGAUGUUGGCGCGAGGGAGAUGUUGAGCUUGGUUUAGAGGUCCCUGAUGGCAGCCCUAGUCCUCUCGAUGGCAAACGGCUCCGCACUGACGAUGCGGCGGCAGUAGCUCGCCGUCACAGACGGCGACGACCGUCCGGGACACGGUGUGGAUGUUGGCGCGAGGGAGAUGUUGAGCUUGGUUUAGAGGUCCCUGAUGGCAAUCCUAGUCCUCUCGAUGGCAAACGGCUCCGCACUGUUGGCGUCCUAGUUCCUCGGCUUCCUUGCCUUGUGGCUCUGAAAGAGCUGGAAUGGCUCCGGCAAAGCUUUACAGAUGCCGACUUGCUCGGCGGCGGCGUCACCCUCAACAUCCCCUUUCAGAGCAGUUCGUUGAACUGUCUAUGCCAUAGGAAAGAGCCAACAAUUAGAAACAAGGAAAUACUGGUGAAGAUAGAAAACCUGCUUCCGGUUCUUCUUUUCUGCAAGGACUUUUCCUCAGCAAACAUUUGUAACACUGGUUAUAAUUAUUUCAGUUCUUAA